AUGGAAGAGAAACCGGAGGAACAUUACAGCUUACGCUGGAAUAACCACCAAGCGCACCUCCUUCGCUCGUUCGAAGCCCUCCUGCACGCCGAGACCCUAGUCGAUGUGACGCUAGUGUGCGCCGAGCGCCGCGUCCGCGCCCACAAGGUGCUGCUCGGCGCCUGCAGCCCGCUGUUCCGGCGGAUUUUCAGCGAGAACCCCUGCAAGCACCCGGUCAUCGUGUUGAAAGAUUUCCAAGGAUGGGAGGUGCAGGCGGUCGUGGACUUUAUUCGCUGCAAGUGCGGGGCUGGCGGACCACGAGCGGGAGGAGAGCGCGCGGUCGUGCACGCCGCGGAGCCCGGCGGCGGCCGAGCCGCCCGCGGCGUCGCCGCCGGCCAGCCCCGCGAGUCCGCAGCCGAGGAGGAAGCAGGCGCGUCCGCGGCGCCGCUCGGGGAGUCGGACACGCCGGAGAACCUGUCCAUGCGGCGCUCGCCCGGCGACGGCGGGCUGAAGGCGGUGCGGCUGGCGCGGCCGCGCUCGCCGCCCAAGCAGGAGGCGGAGGAGGCCGAGGAGGCGCCGCCGCCGCCCCGCAUGUUCCCGCCGCACCAGGACCUCUACCCGCCCGUGCCGCCGCAAGCCGUCUCAGCCCUAUCCCUCACACCGCCUCACAACCAACCGUUGGCACCCUGGCGACGGUCGGAGCUUGCAGAGCAACUUUACAUGUUCGGCAUCGACUCUCCACUGGGCCUGUUCCCGCCCGGCAUGGACAAGAUGUACCCCCUGAUGGACGUGGAGCACCGCGCGCCGCCGCUUGACGCACAACUCUUUACCAACGUUAAAAAGAAAUGGCGACCGAAAGGCCAACACAGCGCGCCGCGCGGCGGGCCACCUCGAUCAUGGACCAACGCGGAACUGACAGAGGCUUUGCAACACGUGUGGAACAAGAAGAUGACGACCAGUCAAGCGUCGAGGAUCUUCGGCAUUCCGUACAAUUCAUUACUGAUGUAUGUGCGCGGGAAAUAUGGGAAGAGUCUAAAGCUUGAACAAUUACGUAAGGAUUGCAUCGGAGGACCGCUCGACGGACUCGGGAUGCACUCCGGCAACAACAACAACAACCACCCACCAGGAAAACAUCACGAUAAAGACGAGCACGGAGGAGGGGGCGGCGGACAGAGGCCGGCCAGCUCAGAACCCGACAUCGCUUCAAGUCCCAUGUUCAAUCCGUUCACGCAAGGGUUUUAUCCCGAGUUUCCUCCCGGGUUCCCGAUGCCGCUGAACAUGCUACACCUGCUGCCGCCGGGAGACAAGGCGCGCGAGCUAUACCAGGCGAUGCCGAUGGCUCUAGACUCGCUCGCCGCCGUAGCUAAGGAAGAGGACUGCAAGAGCGACCGCUCCAAAGAGAACUCUGAGAACGAGGAGGGCGAGUCGUACCGCGCGCCGCACGCGCCGCACCCGCCCGACAACCGCGCGCUGCUACACCACAACGGGCAGGACUAGGCGCCCUCUUUAGUUCACCGUAGCAACGUACCUUAAUUUUACGUCUGACGUGUUCUGAUCUCGACUCCCGCGCGAGUCUGAAACGUAGUGCCUUUGCUGAAACACGGCUGUUUUAAAAGUUGUAAUCUGUUUUGUUGCAGCUAUUAUUCCGAUCUACUUUAGACAUUAAACAUUUUAUUCAGCUUUUAAAACAGUCAGUUCUUAAUCUUGGCACUGACGGUUUCGGUCUCGAGCGCCGCGACGAGGUCUUCUAGUAUUCUGGAAACAUUCCGGAGCUCGCGGCGAGCGACGUCCACAUUUAAAUUAGUUAAAUUUAUAUUUAAAGAUGUGUUAAUAUUGUAAAUGUAUAUGAGAUCGCGUAUAAGUGAUAGGCGAUAAUUUAUUAUUCCGAAGGAGUGCAAUAAGUAUGAAAGGUGUUGUGAUUGUUAUCGUUAGUGACCGCGGCCGCGGAGCUCUCUGUUUGUUACAUUCCGUUCUCAUUCCAUUUGCGUUGUUCGCUCCUGCGUUUUCGCACUGUUACUUACGGUGAAUCCUAUACGUUACCUAUAUUAUUAUUAUUUUAAAGAACCGUUCCAUUCUUGCCCUAGACGUGUCCUGUAGAUAUUAUGUUUGUGCGAGUUCUUCUGCAAUUCACCAAAGUUUGUAAAAUAUUUCGUAAUAAUAGUUAUAUUCGAUGAUAAACAAUUUUAAAUGUAAAUAUUAAUUGAUAAAUUAAUGGGAUAUAAAAUUAAAUUAGCAACUAAUGAGGAGACAUUCGGUGUCUAAAAUGGUAAAUAGUAGUGUAUUUGUAAUUGUUGUAGUAUUAGUGAAGUGACUACAGUGAUCGGUUCGCGCCGGCCGGGUUCCGCCCGCUGCUCGCCGCGCGGCCCUUCAUGCACGACGCGGGUCUCGAGUACGCUGUGUUAUAGUAUAGGCCCGGGAGCAGUGCCGUGGAACCGCGCGCGCCAGGUUAGACAAAUAAAGGUAUCUGCACUCAAUGUUCAAAUCAAAAGGAGCUUCUCAAGAUUUUAGUGAAUAUGUAAUAAUGAAGUUAGAAUUAAACAAGACUCGGUCCUACCUGGCUUUAGAUAAUUGUAUACCGAUGAUUUCAUAAAUAGAUUUACCACGUGAUUAGAUAGACUUGUGUAUAUACGGUUUAUUUCUGUACCUAAUUCUUAUUGUUCCGUUGAGAAUGGUCGACACCCACAUGUACAUUGCGUUGUGUAGAUAUUGGACUAGUUCUCCGUUGAAGCAGCGAGGGCGCCGCCGCACCCUCUACCGACAAGACUGAACACUAUUUACGACUCUAUUUUAUAUAACGACUGUAAAUGACAUAAUCACAGUUACUCCGCAGCUCUCAGCAUACCGUAGGUGCACUACUAGUGUCACGUCAUAUAACAAUAUUAUCGUUACAGGGAUUUUAUAUAAUUAUAAACGAAUUACAUUAUAUAUUUGAAUAUGUACUAUAGUUUUACAGAUCAGAAUUCUAUUGCUUUAAUAUUUCCUUUUUAGCUUACUAAUGUUACCGAUUUCGUCUCCGAGCGCUUGAUCACAUGUAAUAAUUUGUAAAUGUAAAGUAAGGUUAAUGAAAUAAGUCGCUGUCAUGGAUUAAUGUUUAGCAAAGACUCGGGAUCGUGUGAAAGUUACAUUAUUGUGCCAAAUAAUCAAAUUCAACGACAUCAAUAAUUUUAAAAUUUUCACAGCACAAUUUUAAUACAGCUUCACGGAUGAGUGAUUUUAUAUUUGAUUUGUUCAUGAAAUGUUUGCGUGACGAAUGUUUACUGUGACAAACAUUUGUCGAGCUGAUUUUAUUUAAUUUGUGUUGCGACUUGUGGUUGUACAUUGUGUUGUCGGACGAUAUACCUAAUUCGUACAAAUUCAGCAGUAUUAAGAGUGAUUUUGUUAAAGUUUUUAAUUGAGGCGUUUUAAUUAAGUUUUGUUAUUUGUUAAUGAUACGUACUGUGGUUGAGUAAUUGUUUCGACGAGUGCCGAGCUCCGCUCCGCUAACUGGCUCCGGAGCCCUGAGCUACAACUUGGUUACGAGUUCCUUCUAACUACGUUAACCUCCGUCUUAGCACUUCAUCUAAAUUGUAUAUUUUAAGGCACAGUUUCAGUAAACGAUGUACAGAGUAUUCACCCAGGAGCCAAAUGUAAGGACGUAAAGAAUUAAUAUAUAAUGACGUAAAUACUUAUGUUUAGUUGAUAAACAUGUGAUUGUGUUAAUUUAGUAGAUUCAAAUAUUUAGUUCCUUCAUUUUUGUUACGAGUAUUUAUAAAUUGUAAUUGCAAUGAUUUAGCUUUUAGAUAAUUGUUCUCUCCGAUAAAGAUUAUAAUUAAUUAUUACUUGAGUAAUUUAAUUUGUUGUAUUUUUUCUUAAUAUAAUGACAAAUUAAAUUAAAUGAUAUCGUUACAUUAGGGUGUAAAAAAGAUUAUCUAUUUGAUCUUAAAUAAUACGAAAAAAUAUUUAUGUUCUAGUAUCAUUCUAUCGUGUAAUUUAAAUUGAAAUGAUGGAGCGUUGUAGUAAAAUUGGUUUACGAUCACCGACGUAAAUAAAUUGUAAAAAAUAAAAAUAUUAAAUCCCA